AUGGGCGUCGAGAAGAAGAUCAUCGAGAACGGCAACGGCACUGACUACCCCAAGGUGGGCGAGAAUGUUGCCAUCCACUACACUGGCUGCCUCUACCAGGAGGGCGCCGUGAACAACAUGGGCACGAAGUUCGACAGCUCCUACGACCGCGGCUCCCCCCUCGCCACCCCCAUCGGUGUUGGUCGUCUGAUCAGAGGUUGGGAUGAGGGUGUUCCCCAGAUGUCCCUUGGUGAGCGCGCUAUCCUCACCAUCACUCCUGACUUCGGCUACGGUCCCCGUGGUUUCCCCGGUCUGAUCCCCGCCAACUCCACCCUGGUCUUCGACGUCAAGCUCGUUACCAUCGGUACCCGCAACGCUUAA